GUUUGGCUUUCGGUGCGCAACAAGGAGGUUAAUUCAAACUAAACCGAAGGCAUCCAUCUACAGGAAUGGUAUUUCUGAGGGCAUCCAAAGCCGAAUCAGCGAAGUAUUCAUGAAGCAAUAUUUGAACUAUUACAGGAUGAGGCUGAGAACAUCGAGGUUAGGUUAUCUGUUUCUCCAGCUCGCGGCGCUUUGCUUUUACGCACAGGACACUGUGCAGUCGCCUCCUAAUUUCAAGCAGCACGUCACCGAACAGAGCCGGCUGUCGGACCGCAUGAGCCGCAGACUGACCCGAACCUACCAGCUGUACAGCCGAACCAGUGGGAAGCACGUCCAGGUCCUGGCCAACAAGCGGGUCAAUGCUAACGGGGACGACGGCGCGGUGCACGCUAAGCUGGAAGUGGAGACAGAUUCCUUUGGGAGUCGCGUUCGGAUCAAAGGGGUGAAGACGGGAUACUACAUAUGCAUGAACAAGAGAGGGAAGCUGAUUGGCAAGCGAAAAGGACGAGGCAAGGACUGCAUCUUCACCGAGAUCGUCCUGGAAAACAACUACACAGCCCUGCAGAACGCCAAGUACGAGGGCUGGUACAUGGCCUUCACGCGCAAGGGCCGCCCGAGGAAGGCCUCGAAGACCAAGCAGCACCAGAGGGAAGCCCACUUCAUGAAGCGUCUUCCGAGGGGCCACUUGCUGAGCGACAGGAGGCCAUUCGACGUCCUCCCUCUGCCCGUCCCCGCGCAGCCUCUCAGCAGGCGGACUAAACAUUCCCAUCACCAGCGCUCUGGGGGACGCUGAGGACAGAAACCACUGAAGAGGAACAACACAGAAGAACCACUUCAAGAGAAAGCAUAGUGUGAACUCAAGUGCCCACACACUUCUUUUUUUUUUUUUAUUUGCCUCAUUUCUGGACUUCUUACGUACUUCUUGGUUACUGGGUUUUAUGUACACUAUCUAAUCUGCUAGUUAUUUACAGACUGUAGCAAGAUUUCCCCCUAUCUUUGGCUAUUAAAUCAGGGCAUUUUACGUUCUGGAGAGCUCAAAAAAAAAGACAAAGAAGUCUCAUGAUGAGUUAGACGUUAGCCAGCUCAGCGUUAAAAAGAAUGUUAAAAAGUGAAGCUAGACGUGGCAGCUAUCUGUGGUUACAGCAUCUCUCAGUCGACGUGCUCUCUCGGAGAAUUAUGUAACCUGUUUUGUUUUUCUACAUAUAAGGAUAUAUUUUUACUGUAAAAAUGUAAAUUACAUCAAAGGAUGGAUAUAUUUAUUGUAGAGUGUAUAUUAAAACCACUAAAGAGUUUCGUAAGCUG